AAGUUAACACAAACACUAUCUAUUAAUAUUAAUGAAGUUUUGAUUCUGUAAUUUUCAUCUCUCUCUUCGCUUCACAUACUUUUGAAUACAAAAUUCCAUCAACCAAUAAUCCUCAUGUUUUGUAAUCAAUAUAGUUUCAUGGUUGUCUGAUGGUUACAAGAUGUUAGUCAAAUUGACUGAGCCCUUAUGCAUAGGGUUAAAAGAUAUGUAAUGUUGUAGCCACUGUUGUUUAACAAUCUGUUUUAUGUCCUCAACUGAUCUAAUUUACAGACAUUUCUUUAAAAUAAAAUCUUCAUUCAGGGAUGUGAAAUAACCGAAUCAUUUAAAUUAGACCUGUUUUGAUUUCAGUUGUGUAUAUACCUUUUUAACGUUGUUAACUCCCAUAUUUCUUUAAAUACAUCUUUUAUUUGUACAUCCAGAUACAUUCUUGAACAACUACAGGGGAAAGCAGUUUCCUGGAUAUGCUAUCACAACACAAAAAACUCUCUUUUCAAAGUCAAAAAAUUACAAACUGAGGAAUCCAAGUGGUGUUGAUAUGUUUGAUAAAACAUUUCUGAAGAUAAAUUACAUUCCCAAUGGAGAAGCUGAAUCAUGCAGUGACACUGUGUGUGACAAAGAACCAGAAAGAAAUCACCAUAUAAAAUUAAAUGCGAGUACGAACACUGGGAAGAAACAACACAGAUGUGUAGUGUGUAGCAAGCAGUUUGUAACACAGGGUACUUUAAAAAUACACCUGAGGAUACACACAGGAGAAAAACCAUAUAAUUGUGUAGUGUGUGGCAAACAAUUUUUAACAAAUAGUAAUUUAAAAAUACAUCUGAGAACACAUACUGGGGAGAAACCAUACAGUUGUGUAGUGUGUCAUAAAGGAUUUCGAAGCAAUAGUCAUUUAAAACAACAUGAGAGAGUUCAUACUGGAGAGAAGCCAUACAGUUGCAUAGUUUGUGGUAAAAAAUUUAAAACUAAAAGUCAUCUUAAUACACAUAAAAGGGUGCACACUGGUGAGAAACCGUACAGCUGUAUAGUAUGUGGAAAACAUUUUUAUACAAAUGGCUAUCUACAAGCACAUGUGAGAAUGCACACUGGAGAGAAACCAUACAGUUGUGUAGUGUGCAAUAAAGGAUUUCAAGACAGUUGUCAUUUAAAAGAACACGAGAGAAUACAUACUGGGGAGAAACCAUACACUUGUUUAGUUUGUGAUAAGAAAUUUGGGUAUAAAAGUCAUCUUAACAGACAUGAAAAGGUACAUACUGGAGAGAAAUCAUACAAUUGUUUUGUGUGUGGAAAAGAAUUUUUAAGAAAUACCUGCCUACAAGAACAUGAGAGGAUACACACUGGACAGAAACCAUUCAGUUGUGUAGUGUGUGGCAAAGAAUAUGGAAAAAGAAGUCACCUUAAAACUCAUCAGAGGACACAUACUGGCGAGAAACCAUAUAGUUGUGUAGAGUGUGGUAAAACAUUUGGACGAAAUAGUUAUCUUAAAACCCACAAAAGAAUACACACUGGGGAGAAACCAUACAGUUGUGUAGUGUGCCACAAAGAAUUUACAAGAAAUUACAAUCUUAAAAUACAUCAGAGGAUACACACUGGGGAGAAACCGUACAGUUGUGUAAAUUGUGGCAAAGAAUAUAAAAGUAGUAGUCACCUUAGAGCACAUCAAAUGAUACAUAAUGGAAAGAACAAUAAAAUUGUAUAGUGUGUGGCAAAGUAUUCAGUAGGAAGUGAGCUAGAAAACCAAACGAACACACACACACUUCCAAUGGAAACAUGAUUUGAAAAAAUCCUAAAAACCUGUUUGCUGAGCUACCAAGUAGGGUAAGCUUCCAUGUAGUUCAGAUAAAGAUUUCAAAUUGGCAAGGAAGAUCAAAUUAGCGAAGACAUCAGCAUUCCUGUAACACGUAUAUCAUCCUAGCUGUUCAAAUAGGAACUCGUAUGCUUCCAACAAAGUCCGAGAAAACACAGCACUUUACCACAGGUCUUGGCAUUUUUAAACCCGAAGAUGAUCUCUCUGAAAUCACCGUAACAUCUGAAACAAAUCUAUACGUGACUACUCAUGAUGUGAAAGUCAUGAGGCAAGUUACAUGUACGUAAAGAUUAUACAGAAUACAAUAAAACUGUUCCUUUUUUUCUUA